GGGGGUGCACUAGUACGUCAAACGGGCAAAUUCUCCAAGAGCAAAAGGAAAUCCCCCACUGACCAGACUGUAUCGCUGUUUACUGCUCUCUCAGUUCUGCUGAUCGUGUGUGCACUGUGCGCGUGCACAUCGGGGAAAGUUCCUAGAGCAGCGUAGCGCCAAUAAACAGCUCUUUUCAUUGCUCUCUGUCCGUUUCUGUUGAAAAUCGGAUCGGGGUAGAAUAGAAAGUAUUCGGGGAAGCCCCGGAUACCCGGAUAGAUCAACACCGGUUAAUCGCGGUUGCAGUCGCAAAUCCCCACUAAAUCCCCCAAAUGUCUCUCGUUUUGCACCGGCUCUCUUAAGUCCAGAGAGAAGAGAACACACAUCAACGCAUUUGAAGAGGCCGACACAAUGCAUUAAUGCAGUACAGCCAUGUGCCGUGGGGUCGGAGCUACGUAUUAGGGGAGGAGCCAGGAGUUAGGCGAGGAGAGGAGAGGACGUCAUGUUGGAGAAACGAAACCUAAGAUUCAUAGAAACCAAAGCAACCGACGCAGCUGUUCUCUCGUUCAGGAGAAAAUAAAUCGCAUUUUGGAGAAAAUAGUCAGACAGAAAGAAACAGCCACAAGGAAUGGCCUCUGCUAACACUUCCUGGUCUGAGGAGAACUUUUCAUGUCCCAUCUGUCUGGAUGUGUUCAGCUAUCCAGUAACCACACCAUGUGGACACAACUUCUGCAGAACCUGUAUUACAAAGUUCUGGGAUGAACAAGUCCAGUUCAAAUGUCCUGUUUGCAACGAGCUUUUCCACACAAAACCUGAUUUACGUGUCAAUAUCCUUGUAUCAGAGAUGGCAGCUCAGUUUAGAACGUCCGUACGAGUAAAAGAGCAGCCUUGUGUUCUACCAGCAGAAGUUCCCUGUGACGUCUGUACUGGGACCCAGCUGAAGGCUGUGAAGUCCUGCCUAGAGUGUUUUAUGUCGUUCUGCCAAACCCACCUGGAGCCACAUCAGAGAGUCACAGUCUUGAAGAAACAUCGGCUGGUCGAGCCUAUGGACCGUCUGGAAGACAGGAUGUGUAAGAUACACAACCGACUUCUGGAGCUCUUCUGCCAGACUGAACAGGUGUGUGUGUGUCAGUUCUGCACAUUGACAGACCACAAGUCCCAUCCUAUUGUACCUCUAAAGGAGGAAUAUGAAGUGAAGACGGCCCAGCUGGGGAAGAUAGAGGCUGAAGUUCAGCAGAUGAUCCAGGAGAGACAAAAUAAAAUUCAGGAGAUUAAAGACACAGUUAAACGCAGCAAAGCAGAUGCAGACAGAGAGAUAGCUGAUGGUGUGCAGGUCUUCACCGCUGUGAUGCGCUGCAUUGAAAAGUGCCAGGAGGAUCUCAACCAAAUGGUUGAAGAGAGACUGAAAUCCACAGAGGAACAAGCUGAAGACCUCAUCAAAGCGAUGGAGCAGGAGAUAGAAGAUCUGACCAAUAGAAGCUCAGAGGUGAAGCAACUCUCACACACUAAAGACCACCUCCACCUCCUCCAGGCCUUCAGAUCCCUGAAGACUCCUCCACCCACCAGGGACUGGACGACAGUGGAGGUCCGUCCUCCGACAUACGUAGGGACCUUGAGGAGAUCCCUGGAUCAGCUGGAGGAGACACUGAACAUGGAGAUGAAGAAGCUGCGUGAUGCUGAACUGAAGAGGGUCCAGCAGUAUGAAGUAGAUUUGACUCUGGAUCCUGAUACAGCUCAUCCCAAUCUCAUCCUGUCUGAGGAUGGGAAACAAGUACAUCAUGGAGAUGUAGUGAAGAAACUCCCAGACAACCCUAAGAGAUUUACAGUGCAUAUAUUUGUUCUCACGAGGCAGAGCUUCUCCUCAGGGAGAUUUUAUUUUGAGGUCCAGGUUAAAGACAAGAAUGGAUGGUGUUUAGGAGUGGCCAGAGAGUCCAUCAACAGAAUAGGUAAGAUUAUAGAGACCCCUGAGACGGGUUACUGGAAUAUUUUUUACAACAAGGAUGGGUUUGUAUUUAGAGAUAACCCUGUUGUCUGUCUCGCUCUGAGAGCUGAGCUCCAGAAGGUGGGGGUGUUUGUUGAUUAUGAUGAGGGUCUGGUCUCCUUCUAUGAUGUGGAAGCCAGGGUUCAUAUCUACUCUGCUACUGGCUGCACAUUUAGUGAGCCUCUCUAUCCAAUCCUCUGCCCACUCCGCCAUGAUUAUGAAGGUAUCAACUCCGCCCCCCUGAUCAUCUCACCUGUCAAUCAAACCGACUAGGACAUUUGUUUAAAAAUAAAAUGCACAAACCACAAAAAUAACUAACUUUUCUUAAAUUAGAAUCUGUACUAUGUAAGAUCUGAGAGAACUGUUUUAGUGUUGAUCCGCUGUCCUUUAGCAAGGAUAAAUUCACUAUGGAAAUAACCCUGACAGUUAUAAAAUAUAACCCUUGAUACAAGUUUAGAUUACAUAUACUAUAUUGAUCAUUGUCUGAUUGACAGAAUGUUUUCAUGCAACAACAGUAGAACAUUAUGAAUGAUAACAUAAUCAAAUGUUUGUACACUUUCUAUUUCAAUAAAAUUGUUCAAUAAGUAAAAUGGA